AUUCAUCUCGGCGAAGGGAUAUUCCUCCGCCGCACAUGUGGUAACUCCUCUACCGGUGUCUCUCGCAGGGAAUUAUUUAUCGCCGCUCGUUUCCCCAGCGCUCGCCCUCAAAUAUGGAACAGGUUAUACAAAUACUCGAGAAAACUACAUCGCCAGAUAAAACUGAGUUGGAAACUGCAUUAAAUUAUCUAGAGCAGGCAGCACAAUCAAAUUUGCCGGAAUAUGUGAAAGUACUGAGUGAUGUAUUGCACCAUGGAGGAAAUUCCACCGUGGCCCGAAUGGCCGCGGGUAUUCAGCUGAAAAACACAUUAGCUUCCAAUGAUCCCAAAGUUAAAGUACAGUAUCAGCAGCGGUGGCUGGCAUUUCCACCAGAUGUCAGGGACUACGUUAAGGCUAAUGUUUUGGGAGCAUUAGGUACAGAGCAAAACCGGCCAAGCUCAGCAGCACAAUGUGUUGCCUACAUUGCAUUGACAGAAAUUCCUGUAGGCCAAUGGCCAAACUUAAUAGACAGAUUGGUGGCAAAUAUAACGGCUCCUGGAGCCACGGAUAUGACUAAAGAGUCAACUUUAGAGGCUAUUGGAUAUAUUUGUCAGGAUAUAGAGCCAGAUGCCAUAGCUUCACAGAGUAACAAUAUCCUCACUGCUAUUGUCCAUGGUAUGAAGCGUGAUGAACCCAAUGAUCAUGUUAGACUUGCAGCAACGACAGCACUUCUUAACUCACUUGAAUUUACAAAACAGAACUUCGAAAGGGAUGCUGAAAGACAUUUUAUUAUGCAAGUGGUUUGUGAAGCAACCCAAUCUACCAAUACUCAAAUUAAAGUUGCUGCCCUACAAUGUUUGGUAAAAAUAAUGUCCCUAUAUUAUCAGUACAUGGAGCAUUAUAUGGGACCUGCACUGUUUGCAAUCACUCUCGAAGCCAUGAAGAGUGACAUCGAUGAAGUAGCACUACAAGGAAUCGAGUUCUGGUCGAAUGUGUGUGAUGAAGAAGUGGAUCUUGCCAUUGAGGCUUCUGAGGCAGCUGAGCUUGGCCGUCCCCCAGAGAGAACCUCUCGCUUCUAUGCCAAGGGAGCAUUGCAGUAUCUAGUCCCAGUACUGAUGAUGACACUUGGAAAGCAAGAGGAAGCAGAUGAUGAUGAUGAGUGGAACCCCUGCAAAGCAGCUGGGGUGUGUGUGAUGCUUCUUGCGACAUGCACUGAAGAUGAUAUUGUACCCCAUGUCCUGCCUUUCGUAAAGGAGAAUAUUAAGCACACUGACUGGAGACUCCGAGAUGCAGCGAUAAUGGCAUUUGGUUCGAUUUUGGAAGGCCCUGAUCCAACCAACCUUAAACCAAUGGUGGAACAGGCAAUGCCAACCCUGAUUGAGGCUCUUAGUGAUUCGUCUGUAGUGGUGCGAGACACAACAGCUUGGACUCUGGGUCGAGUGUGUGAACUAAUCCCAGAUGCAGCAUGCAAUGACACUUACCUCAAGUUGUUGCUGGAAGCAUUAGUUCACAGCUUGAAGGGAGAACCGAGGGUGGCAUCAAAUGUUUGCUGGGCUCUCAGUUCACUAGCAGAAGCUGCUUAUGAACAAGCAGAUACUGGAGAUGUUGAUGGCGAGCCACCAACCUAUUGUCUGUCUGCAUUCUUUGACCCCUUGGUAGAUGUUCUAUUGCAAACUACAGACCGAGCUGAUGGAAACCAGUGUAAUUUAAGAAAUGCUGCCUAUGAGGCCCUCAUGGAACUUAUGAAGAAUUCUCCAAGGGAUUGCUAUCCAACUGUCCAAAAAACUACUAUGAUAAUUCUGGAAAGGCUUCAGCAAGUAUUGCACAUGGAGUCACAGAUUCAGUCCCAUAGCGAUAGAGUUCAGGUGAAUGAUAUUCAGUCACUGUUAUGUGCAACUCUCCAGUCAGUUUUAAGGAAAGUAACCCCUGAAGAUGCUCCAAAAAUCAGUGACCCUAUCAUGGCUGCUCUGCUGCAAAUGUUCCAGACGUCUCAGGGCAAGUCAGGGGGCGUGCAGGAGGAUGCACUUCUUGCUGUUUCCACUCUGGUGGAGGUGUUAGGACACAACUUCUUGAAAUACAUGGAGGCAUUCAAGCCUUUCUUGUCUUUGGGCUUGCGGAAUGUUGAGGACUACCCUGUAUGCUCAGCUGCUGUGGGGGUUACAGGAGACAUCUGUCGUGCUCUGGGUGAUAAAGUAGAGCCCUUCUGCGAUGAACUGAUGUCCAUGUUGGUGGAGAAUCUUGGGAAUAAUAAUGUUCACAGAAAUGUGAAACCAUCCAUACUCUCAGUAUUUGGUGAUAUGGCUUUAGCUCUAGGACCCAAGUUUACCAAAUACUUGGAAGUUGUCCUUCAAAUGCUUCACCAGGCAUCUCAAGCCCAAGUUGAUCGCUCUGACUUUGAUAUGCUGGAUUACCUUAAUGAAUUACGUGAAAGCUGUUUGGAGGCUUAUACUGGUAUUGUUCAGGGUUUAAAAGGCGAUGGGGCAACACCAAACCAGGAAGUACAGCUCCUGCGUCAACAUGUGCCCCACAUGAUCUCUUUUAUCACUUCCGUUGCUACAGAUGAUGAAAAAUCUGAUCCUGUUAUUGCUAGUUCAGCUGGUCUGAUUGGGGACUUGUGUUCUGUGUUUGGAACAGACAUGCUUCAGUUGGUGGAGACUGAUCCUAUCACCAAUCUACUUUCUCAAGGCCGACGCUCCAAGACUUCAAAGACAAAGACCCUUGCAAUGUGGGCAACUAAAGAAAUCCGUCGCUUGAAAAACAACAGCACUUGCCCCUAACUUGGCUUUUCAGAUGAGUGGCGAGUUUAGUCUGUGGUGAGUCGAUGCAGUGAGUCAGAUGCGGUGUGUCUGCAUGGAGUGAGGGAAGAGCGUUGCCCGGCUGUGGUGAGUGGUGACCGUUCAGCGCGUGGGGUGUGUGGUGAGUGAACAGACAAACAUGGACGAUCGCAAGUGCGGCAGUUUGGCCGAAUGUGCGAUGACGACCGGAUGGCCUCGGAAGAGUGUGAAAAUAUCUAAAACUUUUCUUGAAUGACGGGAAUAUCUUCUUUUAUGAGAAUAUCAGAAAAUCAUUUCCAGUGAAUCAUUCCAGCUCCCAGGAAUAGAUCUGCCUCAUUUGCUCUGUAAAGCAUGUAAAACUUUUCCAAAGUGAGUCCUAUUUAUGAACUGUGGUUUUUGAAAGCCAGUCCUUUCAAGUGCCUUUAUGUGGGAAUGAAUGGUGCUGUAGCCAUGAGUCGGGUACCCUACUGGUAACUGAUCCAUCUACUGUAAAAUAAAUACAAGUGGGGAUAGUAUUCCAGGGUGUCUAGUCAAGGGUACAAAGGAUUUUCAACUACUACCACUUCAAUUCUGUUAGUGUUAGCCAAGUUAAUCUAUUCUAUCUGCAGGGCAGCCUUCUGCUUUAUUCCAAUGCAGGUCUUUAUAGAUAUUCUGAGUCCUCUUGAAGAUCCAAUCUACCAAAUAAUCUACCAAUCAACAAUUUUUUUUGUUUUUUUUUUAUAAACUAUUGAAAAAACAUACUUGAAAGUAGUUAAGAUCAAUUUGGGAUAAUGCAGAUAAUCUUUUCCUGUCAUUAUACAUCCUCAGUUAGUCUCCUAGUUCUUCGGUGACAGCACAUGUGUGUUUAGGGCACUAGAAUGGGAUGCGGCUCUAAUUGUUCUUUAGUGGCAUUUUGAGGCACAUAAAAACUGAAAUCAUGAACAUGAGUACCACCUAAAUAUUUCAAACAGUAUUUCAAAUGGUUAUGCUCAAUUUUUUUUUUUUUCCUUUUUUGUUUUGCAUGUUAAAUUUAAAUAAAAAGAGGUUAUUAUUCCCUGUCAGGUUCUCUUGAAUGAAGUAUAAAUUGUGUGUUGCUGUUUGCAAGCAAUAGUGAGUUGGAUAGUAAUGGUAUCAGCUGAAGAUUAUUGACUGGCUAAUAUUUCCCCCCAUGUACACAAGUGAGCCAUGUCAAAUCCCUCUUAGUUUGUGAUUGCUAAUGUUGCAUUUUGCAGUGUAAGCCCUAAAUGUGCAAUGUGAGAACUGAGGUGUGUCUGCAAGUUGUUGGAAGAGAGGACUUAAACCCAGUACAAUUUAGCUUUGAUUUUGCGUGAAUGAAUCUUAAUGUAUAUGGGUUAAAUCUUUCUUCCACUUACUUGUGGAAACUUAGUUGAUACCAACAACCCACCUAAGUGACUGAACUGGUACAGUGGUAGAAGAUAAUUUGCAAUUCAAUAGAUAAUGGUUUCAAAUCUUGAGGACAAUGUUACAAAGCUUCAUUUUCCAAGUACAUAAGUUUCCUUAUUUAAAGAGGUUGGGUAGUAUGGUUAAGUUUUAACACUGUGCUCAAGUUAGAGGAUUUCUAAAGAUGCCAAAAAUGGUACCAUGGAAGGAGCAAAUCUGCUGCAGUCCUGUGACUGGUGAAUGCUUGACUGUGAUAAAGAGGCCCUGUGUGAUGUGGCGCUGAGUAAGUGUGUGGUGCAAGAUGCUGUGCAGUCCAGUAGUGUUAUGAAAGUAAAGUGAAAUGGACUGAAUGUUAACUUUCACACCACACUUCUUAUACAACAACUGCAAAAUUCCUGAGGAAGAUGACUAAGAGUACUGGAGUGUGGAUAAGUUUACACACUUGGACUAUACAUGAACAAUAGGCGCGCAUCCGGUGCUUUCUUCCUUGCCAUGUUAGCACAUUUCCCGCAUGUUAGCAACCUGGGAAGUUAAGAGGUCUUUGAUCUUGCACCAUUCUUCCUGGGUCUGGCAUGCUGACAUCCCCAGUGACGUGACUCAAGUGACUGAGGGUGCGAGUGCAAAUUUGUUCGUUCUUGAAGGACGUGUGACUGUGAUACUGUGUUCCUCUAGUGCAAAUGAUACUGUGUGAGUGUGUACAUUCCACCAGAUGGUGUAGUAUUAGUGUACAGAAACAACACAAAGUUGAACUAAUGAACCUGCAACAAAAGUUCAUGGUUUAGCUCAUGUAGAAAUGUAACUUGUUAUUGCCUCCAAAUAGACAGAGCUUUGUGUCUGAAACUUCUUCACUAAAGUUAUUCAUGACAUACAUGAUGUAAUUUCAGUAAGUGUGGAUAAACCUAGUGUAUAUUUUUUCACAACCCGUUGAUAUUCAAUCUGUUUCAUUUAUAAUUUGAUUACUUCUUUUGGUACUUUAAGGCUAAUAAUUUUCCUUUAAUAAACCCUGUACUAUAUUUACAAAUGGAAACCUUUGAAUAAAUAAGUUUGUGAGAAAUGUUUACAUAUUUUUUUUUCCUUUUCCUCAGUGUAAUUUGAGAAAAUACCUAAAGAUUUUGCAUUUUUUCUAGUGGAAAUAACAUGAUGAGACCAGUGAAAUGUGUAACAUUGAAGUAAUUGUGUUCAUGUAAUAUUUAUUUUAUACCUCAUGAAUUCUCUCUCCAUAGUACUGAUAAUUACACUAGAGGCAUUCACUGGGAUAGUGACUUGUGCACAGAAACCAUGAGCUAAGUUAUUCAGAGGUGAUAUCACUAUGCUGGGAUGGCUGAGACACAUCCACUGGUGUAAUACAAAACUAAACCAUAUUCAGUUUAUAUGCUUCAAAGAGCACUUAUGUAAAGCUAGACAAUGGAAAAGUCAUAAACAUAUAUCCAAAAUAAAUAUUGCAGAAGUAACUAAAUCUUAUUCUCCUUUCUUGACAAUAUAAUGCUGGAAAAAAGUAGUUUUAAAAAAGGUCAUGCGUAACUCAUUUGCACCUUAAAUAUAAAUUUUGCUUCGAACCUUGUCAUAAUUUCAAUUUCUAUUUGUUAUUGGAAACUUUUUUUUAGAUUUUGACUUCUGACAGCAAAGCAAUAUAUUCCUGUAGUCCACUGAUUAUUGCUAGAGGUAAUAUUUUGGUUAUUUAUUAUUUUUGUAUUUAUUAUGCAUUGGACCUAUUGCUAUUAAAAUUUACUAAGUAGGGUUUGUCUGUCUUUAAUCAGUACUAUUUGUGUAUUUUCAUACACAGAUCUUGUAUUAACUUUUCGGUUUUUUGUCAGUUAUAUUCUUACCUGAAGCUAAGUGAACAUAUAUUAUGCAUAUCAUGCUUCCUUUAGAUUAUCUAAUUUUGUGAGACUGCCUAGGUUUCUAGUCUUUUGCACAAGUUUUUUUCUUCACCCCCACACUUGAGUAUGAAGCUGAAGAUAACAAAAGGAAAGAGCAAGAAAAAGUUCUUACACAAUAUUAGAGAUGAUCUGUUGAAGAUAACACUGAUCUGUAAUGACCAGAUGCAAAUUUAGUAGAUCUCAUUUCUUGAGAAAAUACAUGGUUGCACAUCAGGCUUCUAUAAAGCUUAUGAAAACCAAAAUUACCUUCAAUAUUCUUGGUGUUCUCUACUUUAUCAGACAAUCUUUUGCAAUUUCAAGAUAAAAUAAAUUUUAGGGAUUUGCGGUUGGAAUAGGUUAGAGCAAGCAGAUUUUCUAUAAAACCAGUCAUGCUGAGCAUAUUUUGUCAGUCUAUCAGUCUUGUGUGUGUCCUGAUUUGUUUAUGGUUUUGUAUCAGGUUAAUUUUAGAGCACUAAAGAGUGCCAUUAAACUUACUGUGGAAUGGAAACCACAACAUGAAUUAUAUUGUUUUUCUAUCAGAUCUCCUGAAUUAUAUUAUACUUACAAUAAGCAAUUAUGCAUAUUUUUUAUUUUAUACAUUGAAGGAUGGGAGUAAAACAAGUUAGAAUUGAACUAUAGGUAUUAGUUUUCAAUCUCAGGACAGAGUUUAAUGUUUUGCUACUUUAAAAAUAACUACAAAUUACUAAAUCUUCUAUACCAAAUUUGUUUACUAUGGAUAUUAAGAAAUUGGUGUGAAGAAAAACAGGAACCCUGAAAUUAUUCCCUGCCUAGAUUUCUAAUAACUUGUCUACUAUGUACUUUAUUAAUUUUAUAUACUUGUAGAUGGCAUGAUAUAUGCUUAGUCACUUGGGUCAAAUAUUAGGCCUACCUAGUUUACCUGUCAACUAUUAUGAGAGUUUUUGGUUACCAUUAGUAUUGUUAAUGUUUAUUAUAUAACAAUAAUGUUGAUAUUAAUAUUAUUGACCAUAAUAAUACUAUUAGGAAUAACUUUCUGAAAAUUCAAGGAAUGGGGAGGCCAGUAAUUUACUUCUUGAUGACUGACUAAAUGCUUGUGAAGCCAUCUAUUUAUAAACAAAAUUAACAAACUACAGAUAUGAGUAUUUACAUUAUGGCCAGUGUAAACCUGUGGCCAUAAAUGUGUUAGAAUAAAAUUGCAAGAUCAAAUGCUAUAUAGCAAAGGAAUUAUGAGCAAGACCUAUACCAUGGUCACCCUUUGUGAUUAUUUUCAAUCUUUAUAACAAACCUUAGUGAACAUUGUUAGGUGUGGUGUCACCUUGAAAAGAAUAAGAAAGGCCAAUUUAACAAAAGGUUUUAUUUUAUUUAUAUACAUUUCUUUCAUGGUUAAAAAUGUUCAAAAUGGAUACUGAAGGUUUUACAAAAUGAAGGGGAAAACAAAGAAGCAGGGAGAAGCAGGUUUACAGUAACUGCUAUAAAGUGGUGUACAAGAAGCAUGUCAGCAAUAAAUAAUCUUUGCAUAUUGUAUAUAUUAAUUACAACUUUGGUCACUAAUGCAACAGGUAUUGCAUCUUUCUCUUUAAUUACAAAAGUGACUCCAAACAAACAGAUUGAAGCAAGGGCAAAUAAUAAUGUAAAUAUAUUUAACCCUGUUCACCAGUCCACUCAUUCUCAGUACACAAUCUUGCAUUGACUGAGGUACACUUGACAAGCCUGACAGAAUUGUUUAUCUCAGAAGUGAGACCUUUCAUGAAGUUUUACUGAAACUAAGGUGAAGGAAAAUGUACACUCAAAGGAGUCUUUGUACCUCAUAUAUGUGCAUACAUUUAGUACCUAUACAAAAUUCAAGUUCUAAUAAAAAAAACCUUACAUUUUCACCAUGUAUUUAUGUAUCAUUGCAAAAUGUUUUAUUUAUUUCUGAUGAAUAAGAAUUUUAUCAUGCCUCAUUUCAUUGCUUGGUUUUAAUUUACUUGGGCAAUGAUGACUUCCUCAAUUAUCAGUUAAUAAAGACAAGACUUAGGGUAUGAAUUCAUGUCUUGCUUUGACUUUUAACAAUCCAUUUCAUUUGAUUCCCAAAUUUCAAUUACGAGUUGUAUACAUGGAAAAGACAUUUCAAACAAUAUUAUGGACUCUGUAUAUAUAUUAUAGUUAUAUCCUCUAAAACAUUCCUGUUACUUGCAUACCCACAAAAAAUUUGAGUAAUAGGUGUCUGUAUGCUAAAGUCAUAUGGAUCUUAUAACAAAUUAAAUGGCUUUAUGUCAUUCAUUCACUUGCCUUAACCUUUCAUUUAAGUGAAUUAGAAAACUAUGUACUGUGUUGCUUUACUGUAAUUGACAAAUUAUUUUGAAUGGUAAGUAUCACUAACUAAAAGACAAGUUAUGCAUAGAGGUAGCUGUAUCAUACUCUAGUAAAUUAGUGUGAGUAACAGUACCAAGUUUAUGUGGUAGUGCACUUAGUGUGAAAACAAGCCUGCUGUACAACUGUAGGUCUGGCACAGGUAGGAAAUAAGUUUACUAAUUAACUGAACUUGACCAAUUAUAAGAUUAAUACAUAACGAGAGAGAGUUGUGGUUUCUGAUUGGGGUAGCAGGAAAAAGAAACUGAAGGCAAAAGAAAAAAAGAAAAACAAACUAACUGCUGAGCUUUUGAGAUACAAUAGAUAAGGCAAUCACUUUCAUAUAUAUGUAUUUAUGUGUAUGUAUGUGUGUAAAAUAUAUAUAAUAUAUAUAAUAUAUAUAUAUAUAUAUGUGCAUAGGCAUGAAUUUUGUUAACACCAUGUCCAAACAAACAUGUAUACAUGUGUAAAUGGAAGCAUGCCCUGGAAUGACAUUAUUAUAAAUUGUGAAAGACAAACAUUUCAGGGGCAAGGAUUAUGCAAUACACAUCUCUUGCACUGCAAAGAUUAUAGCAGAAGAGUAAAAGGAUAUCUGGCUUUAGUUACCCCCUUUUUUUUUUUUAAGUAAUAUUUUGCACUUCAUUUCCAAAGUUCAAAUUAGAGCAUUAUUUAUAUACACUUGCCAAUAACAUAUGUUUUCAGAAGAAUGGUAGAUUAACGACUGAAUCCUUUCAGUAUCUAUAUGAACAGCAGUGAUAAAAACAAUGCACCCCUGAUGUAUGUGGAAGAAAUAACAUUACUUGCAUGGAAAACUGGACUUAUAUAACUAAUGUGUAUCCCCCAAACACGGUAAUCUCUAAUUUAUUUUUAAAUUUUUACAGGUAGCAGCUAAAACUAAUUUUAGCGAAUACAAACUUGACUUCACACUUUGCUAACUCCCCUGUAACAAAAAAGAAGUAAAAAUUAAAAUCAAAAGUUUUUUUUUCCUAUAAAAAAUAUCACUUUGCUGUCUUUCAGAACAAGUGGAUAACUUUAUUAUUAUUAUUAUUAUUUUUUUUUUUUUAGAGCCUUGUGCUUCUGUUCAUGUUUUACUUUACUAGAGAUUUGGUGUAACUGGAAUAGAUUACACAAAAGAUCAUGUUUAGAUAACCCAUUGGUUGCGGAUUAAUGUACUGUCCACUAAUAUUUUGUGCAAUUUGUUGCAUACAUGGCUCCACAAGUGCUAUGUCACUUAGGAGUAAAUUAGCAGGGCCUAGUGACCACACCUGAUUUUCUCAUUCUUGAUUUUUUUCCUUCUAAUGCUAUUGAUAUUCAUGCUGUUGUUGUUAUUGACAUAUUGAUAAUUAUGAGGUUAUUAAAAUGCUAGAGAAGAGGGGGGGGGGGUGGGACCAAGGAAAAGGGUAACCAGGUGAAUUUGGUAGGACUAAUAAUUGACUCCUUGAUGGCUAAACACUUAGGAAGCCAUCUAUGUGUAAACAAAAGCUAAAAUUAUAGAGGACAUGGUAUGGAUGCCAUGCCAUCUGCAACCAGUGGGUUAAAUAAUCAUGUAGAUGUCUCUAUAAGUGGAGUACAUAACACAAAAGAAAGAAGGAAAUGAUAAGGUUUCAGCAGAGGCAUAAAGAACCUGUCUUAUAUCAUUUAUAAAUUGAAAAUUUGUACAUCAAAUAUAUAAAACAAGGUCCUUUUUUAUAAUCAGGUCAUUCUCUUAAAUGAAUCUCUAAAUAGAUGUGAAACAGGCUGAGAUGAUGUUAAUUACAAUGCAAGUUAUUUAGUCUAAUGUCCAAAAAAAAAAGAGUAAUUUAUUGGAAAUAUCUUGUGUAUAUUUGUUUUAUUUUUUAAUCCCUUUUUAAACACUCAUACAUGUACAAUAUAUACAGUAAACACUUACCUCAUACAUCUGAAAAGAAAUUCAUAGGGGACAUACAUACAUCACUUGAACUUAACCAUUAAAGUCUUGCAUAAAUUGUAUCUGUAAAUCUAAUGAAAAUAAAGAAAUAAUAAUAAUAACAAUAAAUAGUUGAGGCAUUCUUGCCACACAGAACACUUUUACAAAAUAUCCAAACAAAAGAUUUAUAGAAUCUGAAAGCUAGCCCUUCUCGUGACAUUGUUUAUCUUGCACAAGUGGUACACAAACAGCAACACAUUUAUGUAUAUCUAACAAGGUAAUACAAUGGCACCAGCACCAUACUACAGAGUAAUAAUUUAACUCAAAUACUGUCAUCCUUCACACAAACCUCACACUGACCUUAAUUAAUUUCUUUACAAUAUCACAUGACACAAAUCACUCAUUUCAUACACAUUUUUUGGGUACUUCACUUUUUGCCCUGAAUCUGAAAUAUUUGGUUUCAGACCUCAAUUUUAAGUUUUACUCAGCUAAAUACUGCUUCAGUGUUUUGUAAUAUAUAUCUGAAAUCCUGAUUCAGAAACAUAUAACUCAAAACUAAAUAAAGUCACAAUUUAUCAUGCAUGUGAAUAGGAGAAAGAUAAAAGGGAGAGGAAAAGAUAUUCUAAAGUGCUCGGAAAAUGACACAUUAUUUAAUUGCGUUCUAGGUUGUUGGUCCCACGCAUACACAUCACUCAUGCAUUUUUGCUCUCUGCAUGUAUAUUUAAAAUUUUGUGACUGGCAAUAAAACUCUUAACCCACUGAUACUGGGAUGAAGUACAUACAUGCCAGGUUCGCUGUAAUUAUUAUUUACUAAUUUUAUGUACACAUAAAUGGCUCCACAUGCUUAAUUAUCAAGAAGUUAGUUAUAUUCCUACCUCUUAUAAAUUGCUUACUCUUUUCAUAGUUAUGGAAAACAUUUAUAUUUCAAUUGGUAUCAGCAGUAUUGUUAAUAACAUCAGAAUAAUCAAAAUGCCAGUAAUAAUAAUAAUAAUAAUAAUAAUAAUAAUAAUAAUAAUAAUAAUUACAACAAUAACCAUAAUAUUCAUAGUAAUAAUAAUAACAAUAUUCAUAAUAAUAACAGCAUUAAUAAUAAUAAUAAUGAUAUUUAUUUAUUUAUUUUAUUGAAGGGAACUUUUCCCAGAAAAAAUACAAGGAAUGGGGAAAUCAGGCAAGAUCAAAUAGGCCUACUAGUUCACUCUUUUGGGACCAAGUGCUUGUGGAGCCAUCAACAUGUAACAAAAGAAUAAAAUAAUGAAAUAUAAAAUAAAUGUAACUGGUGGCAAUGGGUUAAGAAAUAUUUGUUGCUUAAUGACCAAGGUAAAUAUUUUAAUAUGUAAUAUAUGUACAUUUAACUUAUUACUGUAUCUUUUGUUCAUAGAGCUUGUGUGCUUAAAAUUUGCAAAAUAAAUAAGCUUGUUGAAUACCAGCUCUCUAAAACACAGAUAUAAACAAGAAAUUCCUUCAAAUUUGGUUAAAUUACGAAGGCAAAUAAAGUUUAUCUCACAAAAAGAGAAAGAAAGACCAGAAAAGGUUCUCCAUCCUCCAACACAAACACAGACUUUACAUUGCUGUUGACAACUGAAAAUUAAGCAUGGAUAAUACCCAUCAAAUGUUCUAUUGUAUUCUAUUGAACAGUAUCAUAUCAUGAGUAAUGACUCCACAGCUUUAGGUGAAGUGAAUGAGAAAAAGAAAAUUUUAAACGACAACAAAAAAAAAAAAAAAAAAAAAAAAAAAAACAUUACUCUGUGAAAAUGCAUUGGUCCCACUAAUAUUUCACCAUUUUAGAUCUCAAUGUGCAUUUUAAAAAUUUCAUAUAAAAAUCAGCUUUUACACUAUUCUUACAGAAGUAAACUAUUUGGUAGCUUGUUCAUCUGUUGUAACUGCAUAUUUAUAUAGAAUUUUCAUCUGUGCUAUGAAGAACUUGUUCUUUAUGAAGAAGAAAAAGAAAAAAACUACACCUCAUUACCUAGUACUGAAAUUUUGAAAUUAUGUACCUUGUAUGUUUUUCAUAUUCUGUCUGGGAAAAUAAUAAGUAUGUGUGUUCAUCUGAAAGAGACUAGGGCUUUUCAGUAAUUUCCUGAGGUAAAAAAGAAAGAAAGAAAGAAAGAAAGAA